UAAACUCCAGUGCUCUGGGGUGUUACUAAACACCUAGUGCUCUGAGCAACAUUAAGCCUCUCCUGAACCUUUUCUUUAACAUACAUAUCUUUGGCCGCAUCGGACUUCCAACGACCAUGUAAUUUCAACAAGCGCUCUUUUGACGAGUAAUUCUUUAGAUUGGAUACAAUAGAGGUUGUACCGCCAGACCUAAAACUAUGCAAAGCGAAAAAUUGUUGAUCAUAGCCUUACUCAGUCAAACAUUUCUUAAACAUUUGUCUAAAGCACGUACAUGAAACCUUACUGUCACCCAAAACAUAUUUCCCGACGGAUUUGAGAAAAACAACGUUCCUAAACAAAAAUUCUGCAGACAAAGUGAAGUGGAAAUGAUAAUAUUUCAGAAUCUAACAUGGCGAACAAUUUCGUGCAUCAUGGCCGCCGCGCAUGCGAAACGCACUACUUUCUGGACUUAGCUUUCAAAACGCUGCGAAAAAAAUUAAAAACAAAUGUAUGAGAAUUUGCCUUACCGUGUUAAAAAUUGUCCUCUAGCUCCUCAAGGGCAAGUUUAAUCUCGGGUCCACAAAUCUAGUUUUUAAAAUGCAUGUAUACUUUUGCCUUGAGGAGUGUAGUUUCCAAAUACACAGUGAACAGAAGAUUCCUAACGUGGUGUAAAAUUUGUUCUAUUUCGAGGAAAUCCGCCAUAAGUCUCUUCAAAACUGGGCCGACGUGCAUUUGCAGAACGGCAAAAUCAAAACACAAGUUCCAAAUCCAGUUCGAUUGUGCAGGUAACAAAGGUCGUUUUAAGCGGUCAUGUUGAAACGCAGACCAUGCAGACUGCAGACUGUGCAGACCGUGCAGACUGUGCAGACUGUGCAGACUGAGUGUUAUUUUUUUACUUGUACCUCAAUUUUCUAGUAAAAUUUUUACUAUAGUUUCCUGCUUCCUCUCAUCAUGUGCACUAUGCAUCACCAUCAUAUGUUGCACUGAUGUGUACCUGCAAGGGUGAUGGGUAGGAAAUGAGAAAAUCACGGGCUCAUGUUUACCGGCAGAUGUAAAAGCAGUUUCGCGUGCUUUUAGCUGCGCCGCUUUCAAGCAGGAGCGAGCACGAUGGAGGAAGGUAAGCUGUUUCUUUCUGUAACUGUAUUAUAUUGCCACGAUUAUUUAUUUGUUUAGUAGAAGAAGCUUUUUCAGGUUAAGUGACUUAAAAUAAAACCCUUUUCGGCUGAGACAUUUCCUCAAUUUCCUUGAUAUGUUGAUGAUCGUCUUUGGGUUCGCUCUGUAAUUCAAACCGGUGUGUCGUGUCUUUUUCCCGCGAAUUUUAAUUAUGUUAAUGUAUUUUCUUUGUUUUCGAGCACAUGACAUAGUUGUGAUUCAGUCGGUCACAAAAUUUUCUUCUUUGUAGCUUGAUAGUUCAGUUUGAUGCGGUUGCAUGAACAAGUUUUUUCAAGUAUCGAGUAUCGUCGAUGAAUUUGUAUUUGCUCGUGAAGGAGCGGCGAAAGGAUUUAAACAGGAUUUACGAACGACGCGUGGACUAGUAAUUUGUGCCGAGUGUGAUCUUCUCGUCGAAGUAUCCCACACGGUGACUUGCCGUCAUUUCUUCAAAUCUUACAGAUACCGAUGUCAUCGUUUUUAGCUCGGGAUAUCAAACCAAGACUUUUGAGAGAUGGGCCUUGCUUUAAAAUGUGUAAAUAAAUCAACGGUAUAUCUACCUAAAAAUAAAUAUUCUGAUUUCAACGUGUUUGGCGGUUCCGUAAGCGUCAGAAUUAAGAGAUUAGAAGGGCAGCGACUUGAGACUUCUCACAGAUAAUAUUCAAUGAAAAUUAAGACAAAAUAUACCUAAAAUACACGGCGGGGGAUCUAGUUCAAUACGCAUUAAAACCCCCUCCACAUCUUCGAGUUGUACAAAUAAUACAUUUGUUACUAAUGAACUAUUUAGUUUUGAGUUUGAGUUUGAGUUUAUUAUUUCCGAUAAUAUUAUACAGUACAUACGGUGUGUUACAAUGUAAUAAAUUUGGGAGGAAGACUAAAGAAACCCUUACGGGCUUUUACAAGUAGUCUCCCUGAAGGUAAUAAUUUCAUUGAAAUGGUAUCAGUGAAAUAGGUAAUUAACGGACAGAGAUACAAUAAUUGAUCUUACACAUAUAUUACAAAUAUUUCACUCUGUACUGAGUACUUAUUUACAGUACUAUCACUACAUGGGAUAGGAGAAAGGUUUGAAAGAUCUACUUGAAUUACUGAAAUCGAGUCGGUGAAAUAGGUAAUUAAUAGAGAGAUCAAUAAUUACAAUAAUCAUAUAAUACAUUUAUUAAAAAUAUUUCACUAUGAAUAUAUUUGAGUACUUAUUUACUCUACUAUAGCCACAUGGGAUAAGAGAAAAAGUUUUAAUUUCCUUUUGAAUAUUUUUAUAGAUGACGAGCAUUUUAUGUUCAGAGGUAUUCUAUUCCAGAUAUCAAUUAUUUUGUUUUUAGUAGAGUAUUUUCCAUAAUUUGUUCUGCUAAAAAUCUUAUGUAGAUGCCCUUUUGCUCUAGUAUUAUGGCCAUGGACUUGUGCAUUUUGGAGCUGCAUAAACAAGAACCAUUCAAGAACCAUUCAAACCACUACCACUUAUUGGCUUAUCGGCCACCAUGUUGAAAGUGUUCCGUUUAUGUUACUCUUACAUAAACAGUUUGAAUUUCACUUGAAAGUCCGCUGUACGGUUUGACAAGAAGCUUGGAACAGUAUUUCUUCUCAUUGUGUGACUUCGCGUGACAAAGUGACGUGACAUUACAGCUGUUGAUUGUGCAAAAAUGUAAUAACAAGAAAACUUGGGUUUUUGUCUUCUUUCGAAUUUGUUUUUGUUUGAGUAUGUGUGAAAUAAUAUUUUUUAGUUGCUUUGUGGUAAUUUCGAAUGUUUUUACUAGAUUUAUUGCAAAGACUAUUCAGGCUAUUACAAGGUCAGACGAAGAUUAUAUGUUAACGAACGUUCUGUUAAGCUAACUUUAUCUAGGGAAACUAUAAGAAAAAUGGGCCUGACAAAAUAUGGAGACUUUCCAUGCUUGGAGUAAUGCUUAGAAAUAUGACAUGACACUGAAUAUAAAUCAAAGAAAAAUUUAAGCAUCUUGUAAAAAGAUCGUUAUAUGUAGGUCAGAACAUCAUCAUUUGUGUUCGAUGAUGGUUACUAGGUUUUCAAAGGAAAAAAUCACCCCUGUUUUGCUAAAUCAUGUGUUUGUUGUGCUAAUCAGAGGCCCGUUUUAGAUCAAUUUUAAGGUAAGAGUCGGUGUAUUUCUAAACAACGAAACUGAUUUGGCUUUGACAAUUCAUUUUCACUUACCAAAUACAGAAUAAGGGCUUCUUGUCAACAAUUUGGUUUGUUUGUGGCCUGAAUUAUGCUCAAAAUUCCAUUUUGCAUCUCCCUAGAGGGGCUUGAAGUGUUUGUUCCAAAAAUUCAACAAACCAUAAUAAGCUAAAUUUUUCUCAACUGAUUUUGAUAAUUGGGUGACUAAAGUAAACAGUGGUAUAGGUAUGGAAGUUAUGCAAGAAGGCAGGUGAAUAUAUUGAAAGUUUGAAAAAUGGCUAUUUUGGGUUGUAAUUUUAGCAUCAAUUUUGGCCAAACUCUAGCCCCAGGCUCCUCUCUGUGCAAUACCUUGAGGACAAAGUUUCAUGCAUAAACUGAAAGCUCUAUUAUAGUAGAGUUCAUGGUCAAAUUCAUUUGGCAGCACAAUUUACCAGUGGGGUCUUAUGGCACUUUCAAAAUGCCCCCUGGAAGGCUGGAUUUCUGGUGCUCAAAGGGCAAAAAAUGAGACCCCCCUGUAACUCCAAAACUAAAAGUCAGAGAAGUGAGCCAAAAUGGCUUUUGAAAUAUCCCAUCACACCCAACUUCUGAGCCAAGUUUCAGCCAAAUCGGUUGACCACAACGUUUGGCCCCUGGAACACUUUCUCAGACAAUGUCACCUAAAUCUCGCUUAUUUGUUAUAACAAUUUUUACAGAGGAGUGGGACACCAGCCUGAUUACCAGUCCUCACGAGGCGUCAAACACGAUUCCUGCAGAUGACAUUGAAAUCCAGAUAUUAGACCUUAAAGAAUGCUAUAAGAAGACAAGGCGAAGACAAACUCUCAAAGGGCUAGUAAAAGAUCAUUUGUUAGACUCAGAAGUCACAGUCAUGAUACAAGCGUCCGAAAAAAUCAGUAACGUUCGUGCUUUUACACAGAGAUGCCCUGAUGCAGCGAGAAGGACACACGAUACUACAGGUAGGUCGCUGCUAACAGAAAGGUAUUUAAUGCUCUAGUUUCAAUAAGACUUGUGACCGUUUUUCAGCCUGUUCACAGACCUUCUAUUUUCUCUUAAAAGGCCUCCGAGCACGGGUGAUAAAAAUGAGAACAGCGGGGAAUUAAAUGACCGCAAGCGCUCGCCAAUUAUCGAAAAGAAAAAUAAAGCAACGUCUGUGUACAGGCUAACCGUUUUCAAUUUAUUUUAUUUUAUCUAUUUGUUUAUUUUAUUAUUUUUUUGGAACCGAAAUAGAAGAUCGUACAUGAGCAAUGCGUUGUAUAUAAUUUUAAAUGUGGUCUAUGCGACAUCAAGAGAUAUGGACAAUGUCGGUUUCACUAAUCGGUACAUCAACGCAUCAGCGAACACACAAGCUCAAAUUCUUCGAUCGGGAGCCUCAUGGAGAAACAUGGGGUCGAGAAUCCAACCCUCACGGACAAUUUCUCGGUCCUCAAAAAAUGCAGAAAUAAAUUCGAACGCCUUGUCCACGAGGUGUCAUUUAUACAAGAACGCAAACCACCACUGAACGUGCAAUCGGAUUCGAUUCUCGCUAAGCUUUUCUAGAAAUCCACAUAAUAAUGAAUUAACAUGCACGAAAACAAUCUAAUUAUUCAAACUUCAGCUAUUUACAGAACUUUGAAACAUAAGGAUUGAUUUCCAUUGUCGAGUAAUUUUUCCGCGCGAAUGCACGUAAAAUUUACGUGCGUAAAUGAAAUAGAAGCAAUGUAUGAAAGGCCACGCGUAAACGUAAAAGAUGAACCUCGCUCAAUUUUCACGCUUACGCGUGACCGUCCAUAUUUAAUUUACGCGCGUAAAAAUUAUGCGACAUUGGAAAUCAACCCUUAAGCUUGAUCAUGAUGUUUGAAACAUCGAAACGUCUAGUAACGCUUUUAACUUUUAUUUAUAUUUUUCUUGUUAAAUGCUUUAAUGUAAGAAAGGUCGCGCGUAAACGUAAAUGUUGAACUUCGCCGACCUUUUUACGUUUAAGAUCAAAGACCAGCUUGACCAAUGGCAGAGCGGCAAAUUGGGCAACGGAAGUCGGGUUCAGUCCUUUCCGCGCGCUUUACAGUCUUCAAGUGACGUACCCGGCUUUCUGUUGCUUCGAUCUUUCACGUUACAUCGCGACCAAGUUUUACGAAUGGUUCCUGUUCCCUGUUCAGGCCAUUUUAUAUUGUGGGCUGUUUUCCCCAGCUAUCAAAAUAAUAAGUCUGGUUCUUUGUCCGGAUCGAAUUGGAAUUAGUAAAUAUUGGUUUUUGAGAAGAAGAGAAAACCAACAACAAUUAGAGUAAACACAUGUUCGCGGAUAACAAAAUUAGAAAGAUACAACAGAUUGAUGCUAUCUAUCUUGACUUCGCUAAAGCAGGCUUCAACAGGGUUAACCACAAACUACUGCUCAAGAAGAUCCACCGAUUCGGCAUCCGCGGUACCCUUUUGUCUUGGUUCGAUCUCACUGACCUCGUCCAAAGGGUCAUCGUUCUCAGGGUCAACUCUAAAUCUCUCCCUGUGUUAUCAGGUGUGCCGCAAGGAUCAAUGUUUGGUCCACUCUUGUUUCUCAUAUAUGUAAAUGAUCUUCCUGACGUGGCGACGUCAACAUCUGUUGCUCUCUUUGUCGACGACACGAAGUGCUACCGGUCAAUCAAAAGCAUGGAGGAUGGUGCUUACCUACAGCGCAAUCUCGACCACAUUAACCAAUGGUAUGAUCUCUGCAUGGCCAAUGAUCUUAAUCAAUCCAAGUGUGGGCUACUUUCUAUUACCAGAAAUGCUAGCCCAUUUCACUUCCCCUAUCAAUUAUCCGAAGGACCUUGGAGUUUUAGUAACAAGACAUCUGAAAUGGAACUCCCAAGUGCUGGGAGCUUGCUCGAAGGCCAACAGGAUGCUUGGCUUUAUUCGGAGAUCAGCUUUCGACACUCAUGACCAGAGAGUUCGCAAGUUACUUUACACGUCACUAGUUCGCAGUAACCUUGCAUACUGCUAGAGGUGUGGGCUCCUCAAGCUGUCAAUCUUAUCCUUGACAUCGAAAGAAUUCAGUGCCGUCCAACAAAAUUCAUUCUGUCUUUGUCGUAUCGGUCUGAAGUUAGGUAUAAGCAGAGGCUUUUGAAAACUGGGCUACUACCAGUAUGUUAUUGGCACGAACUUUUAUAUUUGGUGUACGUAUUCAAAGUUUUAGUUAGUCUAUCCGAUUUUUUUAUUUCAGUAAUGAAUUCCACUAGACCCAGGCGCAACCCAGGCGCACUGUCUCCUCCAAUGGUACGCUGCUGAAUACGUUUAGAGCCAACACCGUCACCUCUGAGAACAGUUUCUACUGUAGAGCCCCAAGAAUCUGGAAUGCUUUAACAGCCCUCCUCCGGAACAUUGACUGUUCAGUAGCGCACUUUAAUAAGAUCUUUUACUACUUGUUUCUCACUGAUGUCGACACCCCACAGACCUUUAAGAGUGUGUGUAUUAGGUGCCACACUAGUCGGCCACUGAACAGCUUGCUCGAUCGUAUAAGUUGUCCUCCCCAAUUCUGUUUUUCAUUGCUGUUUUUUGUCGUUUCUAAAGUAUUGUCAUUCCGUUAGUAUUUGUAUUUCUAAUUUUCUUUUUUCUUUUCUUUUUUCUUCUCUGGGCCUCGUAAUGGAGCUUGCUUUGUGAGGCCUCUUGGCGAAGUUUAUAAAUAAAUGAAUAAAUAAAUAAACAGCUGAAGUCAGCAUGCGUAGAUAUUGCAAGAAUAAUUACAAUCUCGUUCUCAGAUUCCAUUCCGCUGGGCAAGGGUAACGCGGAAUCUGGGAACGAGAUUGUUUCGUUCCCGGGUCCCAAGUGGGAACAUAUAGUCACAAGUAAGGUCACUUACACCAUCUGGCUGGAAAAGGGUCCAUGCAAAUUUUAAGAAGGUGCAUAAUUCUCUGAUUGGCGUUUCGUAUACCCAACCCCUUGACUAUAAGCUAUUCACUUAGAACUCCUUCCAUAUUAAAGAAACUGCCAUGUCCAAAUAAUUUAUUUGAGCGAAUUGUAAAUUUCCUUCAGGUGCCGUGGAGCUGGAAGUUCGCAUGUUACGGAAUGAUAGAGAACGUCAAGUGGUCAUCGUUGAUCUCAGUUCGGCGACAAAAGAUGGAUUUGGGGUGUACUGGCUGGAAACAGGAGAUAUCCUGGAAAGAAAUAAAUGGGAACUGAUCAUCAAAAUAGAGCUCAGCUCAGGCUUAACGGGACAAGUGCAGUCAAGGCCAUUCUUAGUUACUACCCCAGAAUAUUAUAAGAAGAGACACGAUGAAGGUGUGUAGUAUAACUCCGGGGAAGCCUUUCGUAUGCCUUCUAUCAACAAAUGGUACCCUUUUCACAUAUCUGCUAGCAACAAGCCAAAUUAUGCACUGAAGCACACGUACCAACUCCGCGGUAUGGCCAGUACCUUACGCAUGCGCAAAACCAUAUCGACCCGGCAGUGGCACCCAUGGACAGCUGUUUCGCCCUUAUUGGGGCUCAUCAGCAUGGCAUAGCCGUCGGGUCAAUGAGCGGGGAGAAAACCCGCGUACCAAAGACCCUUAACUGCCGAGGCGAGUGCAAAGCACUACUUUAAGCGAAGGGCGAAGCAGCCGUCCGUGGCUGUCACUGCUGGGGUGAUAUGGUUGUGCGCAUGCGUAAGGUACUGGCCAUACCACGGAGUUGGUACGUGUGUUUCAGUGCAUAAUUUGGUUGCUACUAACGACAAGUCUUCUUGUUAUUUUAUGUAGCGUUUAAAAAAUUAACUUGAUAUAGCCAUAAGACGCGUCAGCUCGAGAUAGUUCAGUUAUAGGCCCUUUAAAAACCUAAAUGGCGUUCCUACCCUUUCGUAUACUUCAACUCACGAAAUCCUUACCGUUUCAUCUGAUCUAAGCUGUCUGAGGCUCGGAAAUUCGGCAUGGCAUUUUUUUAGGGUUAAUUUUUGUUCCAGGAAUUAUUAGGAAUCUAGGGACAGCUGUAAGGAUCAGUGAGGGAUUCUUUUGGGUUCAUUCGAUCUUCAGUGAAUCAAUCGUCAGUCAACCGUUUUCCCUUUCCUUAUUCACCGGUGAGCUUUCAAGUGAGUUGCAGACAUUUUUAGGAGUCGAAAUCUGAAUUUAAAAAAUAAAAAGCCUACGAAAUUGUUAGGUGAACAAAACAUACAAAUACCGAAACUCUGAGGCCAACAAACUGUCACCAAAUUUAAGGCGUUCGAGAGAGCUCCGAACAGAUAUUUCCUAGAAAACGGUCGUUGCCCUUGUUUUAUAUACGUGAAGCCUGAAAAAGGUCAUUCACUUUCAGGCUGACAACUCUGACAACUCUUAAGCUAGUGACACACGUUUUAGUAUUUGUUGUUCAUUGAAUAGUGCAGCUUUAGGUUUUCAAAAGGUCGAGAUUUGUUGCACUGAAUAGUGCCCGUACUCGGUUCUCCUUUCACGUACCUACAAUUGUAGCUUAGACCUUUGCAUGUAAAUGCACUGUCUUUGAAAUAUGAGGCACCUAUCUUGACAUAAAAGUGAAUAGCUUCUGCUAAUCGAGCAUCGUGAAAUCAGAACCUAAAUAAUCGCUAAAUAUUUUAUUUAGUCGCUAGGUCCUCAAAGGUGCAACGAAUUCAGUGCAAGAUAACAAAGCCUAAUUCAUCUUUGACAAUCAAUGAUGAAGGUAAAGAGCAUAGAGCUUUUGUAAGUGGGAAGUCUAUAAAAGAUUUGAGCAUUGUUACCCUGAAUAGGAGGAUCGAUUGUGCUAAGUGUCCCCAAAUGGCAAUCAGUGUUUUACUGUCGUAAAAUCCCUUACUGUUGCCACCGCAAGGGGGUAGCUCUUCGUCUCGGUUAGGGUUAGCCUGUUCCAGCCGCCCCCUUUCCCGAGUCGUGCGCGUCUUAUUUUCGCUUUACUCGUUUUAAUACGUUCCCACUAUACUAUCUGAGAGCCUGGCACAGGCUAGGUUAGGGUGAGACAAUGAGCCAGGUAGAAGUAAAAAUUGCGAUACCUUGGCUCUCUCAGUUUUAGAAUGAAUUUUUGGGGGGUCAAAUGAAGCUUUCGCCGGCUAUACGACCACAUUGGUCUUUAUUUCUAUUUUCUGUGUCUACCAUCUUGUAAGGGGAGGGAAAGGAGGCGGGGGGGGGGGGGGUCAGGCUAGUUGAAAAUCACACGUUUAUAUUUUAGUAGUCUUUCGCGUUUACUGCCGUAAUAAGCUAAGGAGUGAUAUCUGCACCUCCGCUAGACCUCUGUUGUCGUUGUUUUCCAUAAUCUGCAGUUCCCUUUGUUCUUAGAAUAAUCUUGCUCUUCAUCUAUUAAGUCGAACCGUUUCGAUCGAGAAUAUAACGUAAAGAACACCUCUUAUGCGAUACAGAACGGUACUCACAAUCCAGGAGAUCGCGGUCGCUCGGAUAAAACUAAGAUUUGAAUAUAGCCUGUUUUUUUAAAAAACAUUCCCGAUCAUUUCGAUCUCUCUAAUCGUUCCAUAUGACGCUGUUAAGACGAUGGAAGUGAUUCGGGCGGUUGUGUGAAAACUAAACGUUAGCGGUGUUAUAGUUUUGUGAUAGCAAUGGUUAACAUUUUCCGAAUAUAACAGAAGAAAACAGAGAUCAUCCGGAUGUAGAAUUAUAUAGAUAUCAUUUGUCUCGUUGCUGAAACUCCCUUGCCUCACAGUUCAUUUGCUAGGUGCUUUUUCACGGUAAAGUUUCUUUUAGUAAAUGCCUUUCCGUGUUUUUGAGCUCGAUGAAUCUAGCCUGGAACGAUAACAAGAGUUGUAGAGUAAUAAGCGCAAAAUAGGGGAGAGUGGGAGAGUGUCGAACUGAAGCGAGAUCCGAGUAUGAGAUAAAGUGGAGACACGAAAAAAUACUAUAUUCCUCGUUUCCUUUUCUGUUCUAGUCGCUCGCUGUUCUUGUUGGACUUCCUCUUCUCCCCGACCCCGGAAUAUAUAGCCCCUGUACGUUUCCUUACUGAAUUGUCUUUACUCAUUCUCUUCAUAUCCCCAGGAGAAAUUUCGUUUCUUGGAAAAGCGUGUGAGGAUUUCUGCUUCAAUAUGGAGGAUCACUUAGCAUCCAAAUCCCUUUCACGCAUGUCUGUCUUCUUAAAUGAUGUGGACGAUGAGGUCGUUGUCCCCUCGGACAAAGUCGUGUUUCAACCACACACUGUUUUAGACAAAAGCAUGGUGCGUAUUUAGUACUCACAGCCAUUACGCUGAUGCUUCUACCUUAAAAAUAUCUUCACACUGUUUCUGCUCUAUGCCUUGUUAGUGGGCUGCCUGGUGGCAAAGCCCAAUCGAAAAAUGGAGUCCCACGUCAUUAUUGUGGGAGUGUAAGGUAUUAAUGAGUCAUUGAGUCAUGAAUCAUGAGUCAAUGAGUCAAUGAGUCAGAUCUGAAAAAAUUAAAGUCUCGAUAGAAACAAUAAAAUUAAGCAUUACUUUUACUUAUUUUGUCUACUUCCUUCAUUGCUUCCUGCACAAGGCCUAAUCUCGACCUCGACCUUGGCUGUUUGUUGGCAGUUCCCAGGCCCUGCCGCAUAGCAGAAGCGAAAAAUAAGCCAGCCUAAAUUUUGUGAGUGCUUCGGAAGAAAGUCUUUAAUUCCCUUUGAACACAGCGCUUAAAGUAAAUUGAGAUAAACCUAUUAUGGAAUUUCUUAGCUCUCAAAGACUCAAAUCUGGGAACAGUCGUUCUUUGAUAUCCGGUGUGUUGAUGUUUGGGCCCGGUUUGAAGUAGAAAAUCGGUCAUGAGUGCCAAGGAAAGUUCCACUUUUAUAUCUUUAUCGGUAUGUUACUCAUUAGCUUGUCAUGCUGGUGUAAAAGUAAGUAUUCCGGGAAGUAUUCAUUAGGUUUUAGCGAGGAAUCUUAUCAAGGGGAAUACAAUUUUCUUUCAUGCUGUGGAUCGCUGUCGAUCAUGAACACAAUGAAGACGAUCCAGGACACUAAGCUUCCGUUCCAACAAUCAAUAGCAGAGUUGUUUUCAGUUGAUAAUCUUCCCAAUGUAGUUCACCACUUUUUCCAAUCAGUUUUACUUGAAUCAAAAAGUGAAUGAUGCUACGAGGCGAACAAACUGAAUUGUAAUUUGCCCGAGAAGGGGUAUGAAACAGUGAGUCGAACAGUUGUACACAGUCAGUGUUUAUAUUAGAAACAUACAGUGUACGAAUAAUUAUUGUUGUGGUAUUACUGUAUAACCACUGUAAUUUUAAUAGCUUUCAAGGCUCGUUGAUUGAUUAAAAUCUUUGGGCAUUCAUUGUUUGCAUUAUGUUAGUGUUUAUUUACAUUAGCUCGCCUGUUUAAAACUCGUGCAUCAACUAAUAUGAGCAACCUUGGGGCAGCACUCCACUUCUGGUAUGGAAACUCUAGUAGUAUGGAUUGUCUGAUGGUUUAAAUAGUUCUUGAAGGGUGUCUGGGAAGGCUAUUUUCCGGGGCAUGCUCGUAGUAGCAGCGGCGGGGCCUGGGAUACUGCUAACAAACAGCCCAGGUUGAGAUUUCAUGUCAAAAAUAGGCCUUGCAUGUGCAGGCAGCAAUGAAGCAAGUAGACAAAUUAAGUAAAAGUAAUGCUUAAUUUUAUUGUUUCUACCGAAACUUUUAUUUUUUCAGAUCUGACUCAUUGACUCAUUGACUUAUGACUCAUGACUCAUUGACUCAUUUGACUCAUAAAACAUCCGUUCUCCGUCUGUGCAGCAAAAUGACAAUGAAUAACGGAUCAGUUAUGUUUCCCGUUCCCCCUACGAUGGAGCACCAUUUUUAAUUAUUGGGGGGAGGAUGGGUCAUUUCAAAACAAAAUCUUACAAACAGACUUAUAAUUAUAUCGAACACUAGAUAUUCUUGCGUGAGGGUAUUAGUCCUCUUAAUCCUAAAAAUAAGGUGCCCUCGGAACAAUCAGCAAAAGAUUUCACGUGUAUCUAGAGAAAGCAGGACUGGGCGGAAGUAUAUAGCCAUUACAGAAAGCUUAUUAACUGUGAACAGCUAGAAUCAUAACAAAGGUGAUGGAUACCCAAGGUGAUUGGGGUCACCUGGUACCAGGAAAUGAAACGGUUGGAAGACCAAGCAAACCGUGUGAACUAACAACAAUCAUCAUCAUCAUCAUAAUCUUAAUAAUCAUAAUAAUAAUGAAGAAGUUGAUGAUGAUGAUGAUGAUGAUGAUGAUGAUGAUGAUAAUACUAAUAAUUAAAACAACAAUGAUACAUGUAAUUAUAAUGAUAAUGAUUCAACGGUGGGAAUGAUAUAAUAUUUGUUUUUCAGGUAACAGCGCACUUCAAUCGCGAACGAAGAAUCCUCUGCGCUGUUGAGCAACAUGAAAUCCCUGGUCUGAUGAAGUUGUUCAGUAAACAAUCAAUGAUUGCCGCUCCACGUGGCGUAGCAAACAGAUGCAACUCAAGAAGAAAAGAUCAUUGGUGGGCUUGCGGCCGUUGCUUUUUCGAACGUGGAAAGAAAUCGACAAUUAAGAAUCAUUUAAUUCAACAAGUUUGUCAAAAGUCUGUUGAAAUUAGAAAACAGGGGAAAAAAAUUUGUGAUCCUAAACUGCAGUUCAACUUCCAUCAACAAAAUAUGUUGCUUUAA